AUGCGAUUCACUGCCGUCAUCCUUUCCUUUGCUGCCCUCGCUGCCGCUGCCGCUCAGGAGACCGUCUGGGUCACUGAAACCGUCAUUGGUACCGACUGCGCGCCAACUGGUUAUCCAACUACUCUUGUACCAGUUCCUCCUACCAAUGCUACUACAACCGACAGCAGCCCCGUUCCAACAUAUGUUCCACCACCAGCAGGAAAUCUUACUACCACUGGUGUUCCUGAAUACCCAACUGGUACUCCAACUGCAACUCCUCCACCUAACAGCGGUGCCGGUUCGAUCCUCCCUGCUUCUGGCUUCGCAUUGGCAGGUGCUAUCGCCGCCAUUAUGGCUAUCGUUGCUUAA